CGCCCAGCGAACACCCACUCGCAUCCGAGCGAGCGCGGGGAGGCAGCAGCUGAGACAGCACCAGGUCCGAGCCGCUGCAUCCCGCCCAGUCGGUCUCCGCCUGUGGGCUUAGGCUUCUGGGCUCCGAAGGAUGGAGGAUUCCCGGGAGACAUCGCCAUCCUCCAACAACUCCUCUGAAGAGCUCAGCUCUGCUCUGCAGCUGUCCAAGGGCAUGUCCAUCUUCCUCGACAUACUGAGGAGAGCAGACAAAAAUGAUGAUGGGAAAUUGUCCUUCGAGGAAUUUAAAGCCUAUUUUGCAGAUGGAGUUCUCAGUGGAGAAGAACUACAUGAGCUCUUCCACACCAUCGACACGCACAAUACCAACAAUCUUGACACAGAAGAACUGUGUGAAUAUUUUUCUCAGCACUUGGGUGAAUAUGAGAAUGUACUGGCUGCGCUUGAAGACCUGAAUCUCUCCAUCCUAAAGGCAAUGGGCAAAACAAAGAAAGACUACCAAGAAGCCUCCAACUUGGAACAAUUUGUCACUCGAUUUCUGUUGAAGGAGACCUUAAAUCAGUUGCAGUCUCUCCAGAACUCUUUGGAAUGUGCCAUGGAAACUACUGAGGAGCAAACACGCCAAGAAAGGCAAGGUCCAGCCAAACCGGAAGUCCUGUCUAUUCAGUGGCCUGGAAAGCGAUCCAGCCGCCGUGUGCAGAGACACAACAGCUUUUCCCCCAACAGCCCGCAGUUCACUGUUAGCAGUCCAGCGUUGUUAGAAGAAGACAACCAAUGGAUGACCCAGAUAAACAGACUCCAGAAAUUAAUUGAUAGACUGGAAAAGAAGGAUCUGAAACUUGAGCCCCUGGAAGAAGAAGUUAUUGAAGAGAGCACUAAACCUCACAUCAUGCUCGUGCAGCGCCAGAUGUCCGUGACAGAAGACGAUCUGGAAGAGUUCCAGCUUGCUCUGAAACACUAUGUGGAGAGCGCCUCAGCCCAAAGCGGGUGCCUGCGCAUCUCUAUACAGAAGCUUUCAAAUGAAUCUCGAUACAUGAUUUAUGAGUUCUGGGAGAACAGCAGUGUGUGGAAUCGCCACCUCCAGACAAACUACAGCAAGACCUUCCAAAGAAGCAACGUGGAUUUCUUGGAGACUCCAGAGCUCACAUCUACUAUGCUAGUUCCUGCUUCAUGGUGGAUCCUGAACAACAAUUAGAUGUCCCUACACGUUGUCUUCAUUGUUCCAAGUACAAGCAUUCUUAUCUAAAAUGCAAACUGGAAAGUUCUCUGUGGUUGUCAAUUGGCUGCACACUUUUGUUCAAGGUGUUUACUAUAAGUAUACUAUUCUGAAGUGUGUUCUGUAACUAUUUUCAAAGUUUGUUACUCUUGAUAAUUGAUGCUAAUUGAUUGGUUACAUUGUAAUCAAAAUUAUAACAAAAUGCUAAUAUAUAAAAAUGGUAUAAAUUAAGUAAGGAAAUUGUGAGAAUUAUGGUAAAAAAAAAAAAAGCUAAGUGAGAACUUCUAGAACAUUGUACCAUAGGCCAGGGUUUGUAAACUGGCAUAUACUCUAAAGAAUCACAUCCAUACUUUGUGACUUUUUCAGUAACACAUUCUUCUUCAAUAAGGUCCACAUGCUCAUCACAUGGUCCUCCAAUUUUUCUCUUUAUAAUUCCUUUAAUAUUAACAUAAAUGCACUAAACAACAUUGGCUGUAGCCUGUAGAUGCUCUGUCCAUGUGUCAUGUUGUAAACUGGCUGUAGCCUGUAGACGCUCUGUCCAUGAGUCAUGUUGUAAAGUGGUAUUUUGCAAGUGAACACUCUGUAGUAACUUAGAGCAUUUACUAAUGUGACACCUUUGCUUGUAUGACUCUCAUAUAUAAGCUAAACAUUACUGAGCAAACAUUGGGGGAAUUAAAGAUUAUGGUAGAAGGCUUUGAUAUAUGAUCCAAAUAGCUAACUAUUCUUAUGAAAAGUGGACACUUGUAUUAAAAUGAAGAUUUUCAAAUUCAAUACUUUAACUCUAAAAUUUCAACUCAACUGAAUAAAGAAAUUUAAAAUAAGCACAAAACUUUAGUACUGAAUAUACCAAUUUUAUAUACUUCCCUAAGAUAACAACUACACAGCUUAUCUACUCAAGAACUCUAACUCUUGUUAUAGACUCUGCUAUGAAAAUAUACAUAAAACUAUUACCAUGUUAUUCUCUCAUACAAAUGCCUUUGAAACUCUUGGUCUUAAGGGGAAAAACAUGUAAAAUAUUAUGGUAUUUUUAACAGUUGGAAAACUUAAGUAAAGAUAAGGCUUGAAUGAAAGUUUCAUUUCAUAAAUAUGAGACUCUAUUAUCUCAAACAAUUUAUGGGAUAUUGAUUUAUUGAAUGCUUUUGUAUAAUUUCAGUAUUUAACAAUCUAUGUAAAUUUUCAUAGUUUCUGUUAGACCAAAUGAGCAAAUUUCUACACACACACACACACACACACACACACACACACACACACACAGAGUGCAUAUGUAUAUUCCUAAGCACUAUGAAACAAUGCCUGGUUCAACACUUUUGAUAUAGAUAUGCAAGGCAAAAACAUUAAUGGAGUUUUUUAUACAAUGAUUGUUGAGACAAAAAUUAUACAUUUGUGUGAAAGGCAAAGAGACCGCAGGGCAGUUUUUGUGGUCUCACUGUGAUUACUCACUGUAAAGUUCUGAAACUCAAGGGUCUUUCAACCAACAAAUGCUUCUUGGAAAUACUGGAUAUAAAUGAUUUCAAAAUACAAAUUGAAACCAAUCCAAGCAUUGUCUUAGCUGGCCCACUUUAUAUUCAACCCCAAAAUCCUACCAAGUGUAUUGCAUAUGAGGUAGUUCCCAAAGUAGCAUGGUAGUAUAAUUGAAGAGGGUCUCUGCCCAGCAACAGAGUUUGGAGAAAGGCCCUCUGCUUACAAAUUGGAAUGAGUUUUGUAAAUAUAUUAAACUAGAAUCAAAAGGACUUGAGAAAAAAGCAAAUAAUUAACCAAUUUAAUUCUAUGGUAAAUCUUAGCUAUUCUGCAUAUAUUUAUGUGUUUUUUAAGUGUGUGUAUGUGUGUAUGAAUAUGUAUGGAAAUACAUGCAUACAUAUACUGGAUCCCAAGACAAAAGGAUGCAACAGGAGGCAACACACACACACACACAUACACACACACACACACACACACACACACACAGGAUUCCAUAGUAUAAAUAUCUCAUUUUCAAACAAACAAUGCGUUUACACUUAAUGAACAGGUGACUUUCUUUUUUCUAUUGAAAAACAAUUCUUUCUCUGAGGAGCAGACAAUGAAAAAGAAGCUACUAAAAGAGCCAGCUGGGAAAUCUGCUGUGGCAGAGGUGCUGGCUUCAUACUUCACACUCAGGAGAAACAAGGUUUCUGCUACUGGUGGCCUCGAGUGACUUCCCAGGGGCCCUGAACACAAGUGUGAAGGACUGGGUUUAUGCUUACCUUUCUGUCUGCAGUAUUCCUGAAACUUAGUACACUAAAUUCCUAGGAAUUAAAAGUUUAUGCAUCAAAAUUCUUCAUCCAUAUAUAUUCUUAUUAUGAGAAAUUACAGAAUUGAAACUUAAUAUACCUCAAUUAUUUGCAAAUUCCUGAAUUUGUCCUCCUUUAGAAGCAAUCUCAAUUUUAUUUUCCAACUGCUUGACUCUCAAUCAUAUAAUCUGAGUGCCAUUAAGUAUCAGCUACUUUUCAACUUCAGUUUCAUUAACUAUCAUUGUCUUCAAAAUGUUUAUCUCUGCUCGGAGUUAUGGAUCUAAGACCAUGUUAUUAUUAAGAACCUAGAGAACAAUCAAUCACAUGUCUUAAAUGACUAUCAGAAAGUCUCUUCCCCUCUUCCACUGCCAUUGAUAACUGCUUUGAACACCCUGAAUCAUUCUGAGCCUCUGGAGACAUCCUAACGACCUGUUCAGGGCUGGUGUGAAAUUAGUGGGGAAAAAGUGACAUUGACUUUACAGACAACAAAAAUUAUGUACCAUAUAUACAUCAUAGCAAAUACUUUAUAUUUGAGAAUCUUUACAGCUUACAUUUCCAUUCCAUUAUUACAAGUGAUGAAAAACAAGAAUUGCAAGUAGCAUGCAAAUUAUAAUACAGUCUUCCCACUUCGCCAACAUCCCCACUUUUGAGUGUUACUUCCCAAUUUUUGCAGGAACUGCCUGCAAAGCUGAAACUGAUUAGAAAAAUUCUUUAUAGUUUAAAAUAUCUCUUUCUCAUUUUAUGAGAAGCCAAAUAGCCAACCAUCAAAAGUAAAAAUAAAUUGAAUCGUCACAGUCCAUUAGUUAUUGUUACUAGGUCCACUUCAUUUGCAGGUGUCCAAAAUAUAAAAUGAAUAAUUCUUUAUCUUCAAAUUCAUCUGUUCUUAAAAUGCUACUUAUAACUUUGGUUGUUUUCCUGUAAUAUAGAAGAAAGAUAAUUUAUCAAUUAGACUAACUGGAAACAGUUUUCACAAAUUAGCUUAUUCAAUCAAAUACUAUGAAUCUACUUCUAUGUAAAUGCAUGUUACUAUAGAAACAAAGUAACUGGAACUAUCAAAUACAUUUGUGUUUCAAUAAACUUAUGUAAUCCAUUUUUAAAAAUAGUAAAUUGUAUUCUAAGUAUGUUGUUCUGUUUCUGUGGUACCUAGUUUUAUAAAUGUUGUUAAUGCAUAAAACAAAAGUAAGCAAGUCUAAUGUAUAUUUACCCAAAAUAAGUUUGUCAAGCUUUUAUUAACAAAAUAGUGUUAAUGAAUUAUUUAAGCCUGGAAAUAAAGACUGAUUUGUUUUAUGAA